CAUUGAAUAAAUAAAAAUCCUCAUUACAAUUUCGAUCAGUGACUAACUCACGUGAAUAAUUCUACUGCAAUUAUUCCAUUCGCCUUGGACUCGUUGAACUCAUGGAAACAAUUUCCCUGGAAAAAAUUUCCCUCGUAGAAAACACUCUAAUUGGAAUUAAUUCACCUGAAUGAAUUGAGUUUGGUCACUAGGACAGCAAAAAGUAGUUAUCCUGCACUUUAAAUAAUUAGUUAGGUGGCAAUGGCCCAACUCAAAGUGGCUAUUAUCGGCCAGAGUAAUUUUGCAGCUGAAGUUUAUAAACUUCUGAAGCAAGAUGGGCAUCAUAUCACCGGUGUUUUCACUGUUCCUGAUAAAUCCAGUCGAGAGGAUCCCCUCGCUGCAACUGCUAAAGCUGAUAACACCCCGGUCUUCAAGGUCAAGGCUUGGCGGAGUAAGGGCCAAACUCUUCCUGAGAUUCUCGAUCUCUACAAGAGCAUCGAAGUGGAUCUCAAUGUUCUCCCCUUCUGCACUCAGUUCAUCCCGAUGGAAGUUAUCGAUCAUCCAAAACACAGGAGCAUCUGCUACCACCCAUCGAUAUUACCUAGGCAUCGGGGUGCCAGCUCUAUCAGCUGGACAUUAAUAGAGGGUGACAAAGAGGCGGGACUUUCGAUUUUCUGGGCGGACGACGGCCUGGACACUGGUCCUAUUCUCCUCCAGAAGAAGUGUCCAGUUGAGCCGCACGACACCCUGGACAGCCUUUACAACAACUUCCUGUAUCCAGAGGGUAUUAAAUCGAUGGCAGAGGCAGUGAGUCUGGUGGCAUGUGGAAAAGCGCCGAAGAUUCCUCAACCCGAAGAAGGCGCGACGUACGAGCCAAUCCUGACGAAGAAGGAGCUGCAGAGGGUGAACCUGGGAAAAUCAGCAGAUCAGGUUCACAAUUUUAUCAGGGGCUUGGACAGCUCCCCGGGUGCAUGGACGCUCAUAAACAGCGAAGAAGUUAAACUCUACGGUUCGACGAUCUGGACGUCAGGAAAGCCCGAGGGCGAGACUGUUGACGUCGACGGACACCAGGGAAUCGUCCACGAGGGGGGACUGGUGAUCGGCGUUAAUCAGGGGUUCGUCAACGUGGAGAAGCUCAAAGUGGGGAGCAGGACGAUUCGCGCUGGGAAUUUCGGAAAAGCCGACGAGGGGUUCACUAGUGUAGAAUUUACUGAGGAGGAGAAGGAAUCCGUCGACGUCCUGAAGGAGAUCUGGGGGAGCAUUCUGAACGUCGACGUGGAAGAUGACACGGAUUUUUUCGCGUGUGGGGGAGGUUCCAUGGACGUUGUAAGGCUUGUGGAAGAGAUAAAAGACCGCCUCAACAUUACGAUUCAAAAUAUCGACGUCUUCAUGACCCCAGUAUUCCUCCCGUUCGCCUCGGCGACGAUCCUGACAGGCCGAGGGGCAUUAGCGGCCUCGGAGAUCAUAUAUGACGCAGUGGAACUUCGAGCGAACAAUCUGGACCUCAAGUUUCCACGGCAAUUGUUUAUCAAUGGUAAAUUUGUAGACGGUCGAGGGGCGAAAAUCCCAUCGAUCAAUCCCCACGAUGAGAACGUCAUCUGCGAGGUGGAGAGUGGGUCUCCAGAGGAUGUGGACCUUGCAGUGCAAGCGGCAAAAAGGGCACACGAAGAGGGAGAGUGGAGUAAAAUAAGUGCGAGGGAACGAGGAGCUCUGCUUUUCAAACUGGCUGACCUCAUGGAACAGCAUAAAUCAGAGCUCGCGACAAUCGAGAGUAUCGAUUCAGGGGCGGUCUACACCCUAGCUCUCAAGACCCACGUGGGAAUGUCCAUCGAGACCUGGAGAUACUUCGCUGGUUGGUGCGAUAAAAUCCAGGGCUCUACCAUCCCCAUAAGUCACGCACGCCCCAAUCGAAAUCUCACGUUCACCAGGAAGGAAUCAAUCGGGGUUGUUGGUCUCGUCACCCCCUGGAACUACCCCCUGAUGAUGCUCUCCUGGAAAAUGGCGGCAUGCCUCGCAGCAGGCAACACUGUGGUGAUGAAGCCAGCGCAGGCAUCACCCCUGACAGCUCUGAAAUUCGCUGAGCUCUCGGUGAAGGCUGGAAUACCUCCUGGAGUCAUCAACAUCGUUCCCGGCAAUGGCAGUAUCACGGGCAAUGCAAUAGUUCAGCAUCCGUUGAUCAGGAAACUCGGGUUCACUGGCUCCACUGAGAUUGGUCAAACAAUAAUGAGGGAUUGCGCUUCGAAUUUGAAAAAAGUGAGUUUGGAGCUCGGGGGAAAGUCUCCCCUCGUCAUCUUCGAGGAUUCGGAGCUUCAGCAGGCGGUUCGAAUAGCUAUGGGGGGAGUUUUUUUCAAUAAGGGAGAGAAUUGCAUCGCGGCGGGGAGAAUUUUUGUGGAGGAGAGCAUACAUGAUGAGUUUGUCGACAGAGUUGUGGCGGAAGUGAGAAAAAUCAAGAUUGGUGAUCCCCUCGACAGAUCGAUCUCCCACGGACCGCAGAAUCAUCGGCAGCAUCUUGAGAAAUUACUGCGGUUUGUUGAUACUGGGGUCAGCGAGGGAGCCAAGUUGGUUUGUGGAGGGAAGAGGGUUGAGAGGCCUGGGUGGUACUUCGAACCCACUGUUCUCACGAAUGUCGAGGACCACAUGUUUGUGGCUAUCGAGGAGUCCUUCGGUCCUAUCAUGAUCAUCUCCAAGUUCAAUGGGAAGAAUGUCGAUGGAUUGAUUAAGAGAGCAAAUGCCACUGAGUUUGGUCUCGCCUCUGGUGUCCUCACGAGGGAUAUCAGCAAGGCCUUGAGGUUUGCUGAAAGAAUCGAGGCUGGAACUGUUUUUAUCAAUACUUACAAUAAGACAGACGUCGCUGCACCCUUCGGGGGAUUCAAAAGGUCUGGAUUCGGCAAGGACUUGGGACAGGAGGCGCUCAAUGAGUAUUUGAAGACUAAGACCAUCACUGUUGAGUACUGAUAGACAUUUUUCAGGGGUUUUCCUCUUUUCGGGAAGUUCGUGGACUGUAGGAGAUGCACAUUCAUCGGUGGUUACUCAUUCCGUGGUGCGGUUUGUAUCAUCAUUAUUAAUAAAAUGUAUUUAUGAA